AACGUCACUGAAUAUGGAACCUAUUUGAACGUACUUGUUUCAGGGGGACAUAAAUUACCCACAACAACUGUUUGUUUUUAUCGGAAGCCAUUCAUUUGUCAACGUUUCUGUAUCGUUACUGCACAUUAUUAUUUUUUAUUUUUUUAUGACACAAAUCAAGAAACUUGAUAUAAGAAUUGAUAUAUUGAUUUAUGAGCUUUGCUUAGAAGAAUGUUAGUCAGCUAUAGUAGCAGCUCUGAAGAGGAGACAGAACAUUUACAAUUAGGGGGGGAUGUAACAAAAAGGAAGCAAAGUUGGCACAAAGAUGACAACUCGUUGAGGAAGAAGCACAAAUCAGAAGAGCACAAAGCGAGUGUGUCUGUGCAUAGGGAGGAUGACGACUCCAAGUCCAGACUGCCUGUUCCUGGCAGUGUGCUGGACAUGUUCACAGAGGAAGAUGAGGACCCACCAACUGAAGACAGCAUGCAACAUGGUGGACGGAUUCGUUCCUUCAAACACGAGAGAGGAAACUGGGCCACUUACGUGUUCUUUCCAUACAUCCCAGAGGAUGGGUUCUUGGAGCUGCUUGAUGAGAUGACUGAAGUAGCAGCUUCCCAUAGCUUCUCCCUCACUCGUACAGAUGAGUUUCACCUCAGUUUAUCUAAGACAGUGGUUCUGAGGCAUCACUGGAUCCAGCCUUUCAUACAGUCCCUCAGAACAGGCUUGGCACAUGGCAGGAGGUUCAUUUGUUUGGCUGAGAAGCUGAAGGUCUACUCUAAUGAUGAGAAAACCAGGACGUUCCUGGCUGUGGAAGUCUCCACAGGACAGGCUCAGCUACUAGAGCUUAUGAAAGCAGUGGACAGCACUAUGGAGGAGUUCAACCUUGACACUUUUUACAAGAAUCCUUCCUUCCAUAUAAGUCUGGCCUGGUGUGUUGGUGACUGCACUGAACACUUUCGCAAAGAGUGUCUGCAGGAGUUGCAGGGUCUGGUUGACUCCCAUGAGGAUGGACCCUUCCUCUUGAGACUGGACUGUCAAGAGCUGCGAUGUAAGUCUGGGAACAAGACCUUUUCCAUUCCACUACACUGACAACGAUGACGAAACCAGUUCUCAUUCAGUCUGUGGUCAACUGUAAUGUUAGGAUACCUCAACAGCGAAACGUGACAUCAAUGUUCAUAAUGAGACAAUCAAUAAAAGUAUCUAUAUUUUUGUAAAA